GGAAUCUGAGACUUAGACCACGUCAUAGAACAAUAAAUUGUUUUUGUAUCUAAAGAAAUUUAAAAUAAUUUGCUAUUAAUUUAUUCAUGAUGAUUUGUUUCUGAAUAGUAGUGAAAGCACGCGCUUUUGCGAAUAAUUAUUAUACGAAGGAUAGGCGAAAGAUAGUAUGAAGAAAAGUAAGUGAUUGAUCCUGAGGUGGUGGAUACAUUAUUAAGAAGCCACCUGGAAAGACAUAGUCUACUCUUCGCCUCUUCUUCCUGCUGGACUGUAAAAUAUUCCAAACUGGGAGGUCGUGGUUUAUUUGCCACUCGAGAUAUUCAACAAGGAGAGCUCAUUUUCAUCGAUGCACCCCUAGUAAUCGGUCCAAGAUGUUACAAAAAAUAUCUUCCAAUGUGUGUCAAUUGUUGCAAAGUCGACUGCUCCCUUUUUCCUUGUGAAAGGGGAUGUGGUCUCCCGGUCUGCUCCAAUGAGUGUGAAAAUUCACCUAAACAUAUUCGAUUAGAGUGUGAUUAUUUGAGAAGCUUGAAGCCCACUUGUGACUCGACGGGGUCCAUAGAUUUACUACAAGCAGUUGUUCCAAUUAGGAGUCUCACAUUCUCCGAAGAUGAGAAAAAAUUGUUACAUGCAUUUGAAUGCCACCCAGAAGUACAAAUGGGCCGUGAGGUUGAGCUUUUAAAGAAAAAUGUGAAAAUUAAUCCAAGCGAGGAAGAAGAGGCUCUGAUGCUUAGAGUAUCCAGAGUUAUGGACACAACCUGUUUCGAAACUGCCAUAACGACUAAUAAAUCUUCAGCGAGUUUGAGAGCUCUUUAUCCAUUAGGAGCCUUGCAAAAUCAUUCUUGCAUACCAAAUACCAGACAUCAUUUUGAUUCAAAUCAACGAGCUAUCGUCAGUGCAGCUUUGCCGAUCAAAAAAGGAGAAGAAAUUACGAUGACGUAUACUGAUUUAUUGUGGGAUACAACACUGAGAAGGCAUUUCCUAAAAGUCACGAAAUAUUUCUCCUGCAAAUGCGAAAGAUGCGCUGAUAAAGUGGAACGUGGCUCUAUGUUAGGAGCUCUAAAAUGUGCAGAAGCUGACUGUCCUGGAGACUUGCUACCUGAAGAUUCUCUGGAUUUUAAUAGCGCGUGGAUUUGUGGAAAAUGCCAGCUAAGAAUUUCUGGUCGUCAGAUUAAAUCUAUCAAAUCGGGAAUCGGAGCUAUAAUGGAGGAAAUGCAGUAUAAAAGUCCUCGACAAAUUCAAAAAUUUAUAGAAACGGAAUUGAGAGUUUUGGUUCCGGCUACAAAUUGCACUAUGCUUGAUAUGAAGUUUCGAGUAAUUUCACUCUUCGGCAGAAUUGAAGGUCUCUCCUGGAAAGAUUUAACAGAUCGAGAAUUAAAUAUUAAAGGAAACUACUGCAAUGAACUUUUAAACACACUAGACCUUUUAGGUUGCGGUGCCUGUAAAAAGAAAGGAUUAAUUUUAUACGAACUGUACCGUACGAAUGAAGAAAAACUUUCUCGUUUAGCGAGUCGGCCAAUGGACGAUUGUGAAUUUUCCGAGGCUGACUUAAUUGAUAACGAAAGCAUUUUACGCGAGGCUUCUGAAAUAUUACAAGAAGAUAUUGCAGCUCCAGAGGACUAUCAUUGUAAAAUUCGCAAUAAUCAUGAAAUUCGUACAUUUCAAAGCGAAAAAAGGGAAGGCAGUCUGUCCAAUGCAGUAAUGUAAACUGUCAAUGUUUUAAGUUCUUCCUUUAGACAAUGAAUACAUUAUAUCCAUUCCUGCAUUUUAUUUAUCUGUCAAACAUAAUUCAUUAUUUGUUCCAAUCCUUUUUUGUUAACUAAGAAGUAUAACGACUGUAAAAAAAAAGAAAUAAACUCCGAAAAUGCUAUCAGUCAUUUUCAAUUGUCAAUUUAGUUUGGAAAUUUUUAACGCUUCAAUUAAAAAAUGUGCAACUUGAAGCGCUUUUAAUUUUAAAUUAUCUAACUCUCGAAAUUUCAAUCGUAGUUUGAAAGCUUUUUAUUUAAAAUUGUUCUUUUCAAUUUGAAUUUUUAAAAUAAUUUAAAAAAGAUUCAAUUCAAAAUUAUUCAAUUUUAUACCCUUAUAUUCAAAUUAUCCAACUUAUAAACUAUUGAGAAUGGUUAAACUGCGAUACGCCACCUGAUGACAAAAAUUCGAACUAGAAAUAAUAGGCACGAUUUUAAAGAUGCAUUUUAAUUUGUGCAUAAAAGUGUUUUAACCAUUUUUUUUGGAGUUUAAAGUAUUUAUUGGAUAAUAAAAAUAAGUCUUUCUCGGAAGAAAAGUGUUUUAGAUGGAAUUGACAUAUUAUAUAGUGGAAAACCACACUUUUUGACAGAAAUAUUUUCUCAACAAAAAAACAAUUAUUGUUCUCUUUAUUGUGAUUUUCAAAAGAAUAUAAACUUAAAUGGACUUAUUUUAAAGCAAUAAUGAACUCAAAGUCAAUUUUUAUUAAUUUAUACAUAAAAUAUUUAUUAUUUAACAAUCUGAUCUGAAAGUUAAGUUAGAAUUUGUAUUUAAAUUCCAGUCGUCUAUUAUUCAUAUUCCUGGCAUAAUGUGGAUCAAAUUUGUUGCUACAUAAAUUAUUUAAAUUUUAUUUGAGCUUACAAUGCAUUGAAACUAAACAUUACAGAAUGAAAUA